GCACCCCCCCCCCUCCCCCCCAAUCAAAAUGUUUUAUUUCGUCUCUUUUCUAAAACCGAUAGAUCUAUUACCAUACACAUAAAUAAAAUGGUAGUCAUAGAUGUAGUUGAUAAAGUGGUUAGUGUUGGAGGUGCAUUAGCAAAUAUUUUAGCUUUUGUCCUGUAUAAAUAUUACAGAAAUCGUUCAGAAACAGCAAGGUUAGUGAAGCAAACUACAAUAUGGAAUCCAGAUGCUGAACUAUAUGAUCACUUAAACCAACAGAAGGAUCACAAUUUACAAUAUGCGGUUGUGGAAGGUGUGGUUAAAGACUUGGGUCGUGUCCUGCAAGGUCGUUAUAGCAAAAAUGAUGGUGUCAUUUUACAUACUGAGAUAAUUGAACACCAGUCUAAAAGAGUCAAUGGCUUUUGGAGUGACAUGAAAAAAGCCAUCAAAGAUUCAACUGAGAUAGUUCCAUUUGCUAUUGCUAAUGUAAGAUCAAAGGAGCCUAAAUUUCAAGUAGAGGUUUUAGAUCCUCUCCAGUCACCAAGUAUUUAUAAUGAACUAGAAACAACAUACGAUCAUUUUGAGCCAAACAAAAACACAUUUAUGCAGAAUAGUUUAGACAGACUUUUUGGUGAAGUAACUAAAGGUAUUCAAGAAACAGAAUCUAUGUUACUGACAGGUACUUCAGUUAUAGGAGUGGGCAAAGUUUUUCUUGAACGUGGAGCACUCAAAAUGGCAGCCGCAGAUGAUCCUAACAGAACAUUUAUUUUGACAAAAAUGAGAAAACCUGAACUGGUGCGCACAUUAGAGUCUCAGUCUUCUACAUUUAAAAUGUUAUCAGUUCUUUGUUUUGUUAUAGGUGGAAGUAUGUUAGGUUAUUUAAUAUGGCGCCAUGUGAAAAAAAUUCUUGAAGAAAAAAAAAGGCGACAGGAAUUUGAAGAGAUCCAAAGAGUGUUGCAGUCAUCCCAAAGUACUCAAGGCAGCCAUAAUGAAGAUUCCAGAGCAGAUGAGACAUGUGUUGUUUGUUUGUCCAAUCCACGUCAAGUGAUUACUUUGAAUUGUGGACAUAUAGCUAUGUGUGCUACUUGUGCAGAACUUCUGCCAUACCCUAAAAAGUGCCCUGUAUGUAGAGCUGAUAUUGAAAGAUUUGUAGCUGUGUAUAGGCCUUAAUAGUGUCUUGUAGUAUAGUUUAUAUUGAAGAAUUUGUGUCUGUAUGGGCACUGAAUUUCUGAAAUGUGACUAUUGAAAUGAAUAUAGAAUGUAGUAUGCCAUCAUUUUUAAUGAAAUGUUAUUGAAAUGCGUAUCAUUAAAAUUAUGGAUUUGAUGUUGAAGUACUAGAAAUAUUUAACUUUUCAAAAUACUGUUUCAAAAUACUUAGAUGUUUUUUUUAAAUAUGGUAAAAUGUUUUUAGUAAUUUUGUCAGGAUACAAAUCAUAUUUGAUGAAUGCAUGUAUGAUUCAUUUAUUUACACAAGUGCCAUAUCAUUAAAAAUUUCAAUUCGACGUUUAAAUAAUAUUUUGAGAUUCUGUCUGUUUACAUAUUAACCUUUUUUCUUUUUUUUUUUUUUUCAGUUAGUCAAACUCUUAACCUUUUAUUUUAUAUUUGAAAAUAGAGAAGAAUAUUAAUUAUGAAAUGUAUUUAAUAAGCUUAACUUUCUCUUUAUUCCCUAUAGUUGUAUCUUAUACAUUUGUUAGCUAUUUCUUGAUCUUGAGAAUUAAAAAUUUUUUUUUUUA